GAGGUGAGAGCAGUACUUGACGGGUGGUGGGACAGAGCCGCCCAGUAUGUCUGGAAGGCCAUCCGGAGGCCAAGGGUAAACUGAGGCUGGGGUGGGCCGGCUCGAUGAAGCUGGCUGCCUCGCGAGGGGCCGUCGCGGCUCAGAUGCCCGUCUGGCGGGUCCCGGCUCUGCUCGGAGCCCACCUUACAGCCCUGUCAUAUUUUCCUCCUCCACGUGCCUUGUUGGUGAACCUGCUCCCUUGUUCACUGUUUGUCUCCCCUCGAGACUAUAAGCUCCGCGGGGCGGGGACCACAUUUGUCUCAUUCGUGCUGUGAGGCGCAAGGAAUGGUGGGACAGGGCAGGAAAGGAAGGAAGGAGGGUGACGGGUGGAUGCAUCGUAGGGGGAUACGGCUGGGUCACGUCAGGUGUGGAGAGUCUUGACGGCAGGGUCCGAGCUGUGGCUGCAGGCGAGUGACCAAGGUGGGGGGGGGCGAGGGCUCAGGUGGCCCCACGGGUGCUCUCACCUCUUUCCGAGGGUGCGGACCCCGCCUGUACCCUGUGACCGAGGGCUGUGGGUGACCUGCAGCCCCUGCAGGAUGACUGACUUCAGGGGCCGCCGCCCCACUCCCACGCCUGACCCCAUGUGUGCAGGGGGCCCUGGGUGACAUGGGAGAGCCCCCAGGAAGCUCGCCAGCCCCCUGGGGAGAAAGGCCUGGGCCAGGGGCAGUCUGGGACCUGUAGCUGCAGGGGGCUUGGAGUGAGUCAGUCAGGCGUGCUGCCUGGAGGAAGCGGCAGGGCCUGCUUGGCAGCCAUGGGCGGGCACUCUGCCACUGGUCUCCCUCCUUGCUUGUCACUCUGCAUCUUCCUUGGGGACCAACUCUUGGGAGGACCCACCCCACCCUUCUCUGAGGUUCUGAAAACGUAGGCAACUCUUUAUUUUUAUUUAUUUAUUUAUUUAUUUAUUUAUUGGGGGGUAUGCGGCCUCUCACUGUUGUGGCCUCCCCCGUUGUGGAGCACAGGCUCCGGACGUGCAGGCUCAGCGGCCACGGCUCACGGGCCCAGCCGCUCCGCGGCAUGUGGGAUCUUCCCGGACCGGGGCACGAACCCAUGUCCCCUGCAUCGGCAGGCGGACCCUCAACCACUGUGCCACCAGGGAAGCCCUAUUUUUAUUUAUUUUUAAGAAUGUAGACCUGGGCAGGAAUCCAGGAAGGCUUAAUCGGGGCUCUCUGGGUGUGCGCCUAUGGUAACACGCGUGGUUUACAGACAGGGCCCAAGACUGAAGCCCACUCUACCCCGGGCUCUGGAGGAAGCCUCCUGCUUGCCCACAGCAAACCCACCAGAAGUUACCAUCCAAAGGGUCUUAGCUCCAAAUGGUCCCCUGAGGAGGGUUGGGCUUCCUCCAGCAAACAGCCCAGUUGGGCCCCUACUCCGACCCGGACACCUCUCUGAAGCCAGGGCUUUGUGUCCCCAGGGCAAGAUGAGGACAGUCGCAGGUGGACUGGGGGGGUGCGUGGCGGGGACCAGCAGCCAGGUCUGUGUGAUGGCAGGGACCCCGCCCACCCCGUGACACCAUGGAGUUCACCUUCAGGCUGCACCGUUCUGGGCUUCGUUGUGACUGUAACGUAGGGGGUGACGGGGGCAAAGUGCAGGGAGUGACAGAGCAAAGCGCACACCCAGGGCACUGAACGGCAGCUUGAACCUUAGCCUCACUCGUUCGUGGCUAACAGCCAGCAGAACUCCCCUGGCGCCCCUCACCCACCGGGCCGCUCUCCCUUCCCUGCAGAAAUCAGCCCUCCCGGCUAUUUAAGGUGAGUCCUUCCCCCUGGGCCCCUUCUGCGUGCUCAGCCAGUCAGGGGAAAGGUGCCUCAGGUCGGCCCGUGGUUAGGUGCUCCCUGGGACCUGGGUGGCUGCCGACAGGAGGGUGUGGCCCCUGCCCUGGUGGAGUUCGCGGCCAGUCCCCUGGGUGUGGCCACCACACCUGUCCCUCCUGCCUUGUGCCCAACAGUAGCUGAUGUGAAUUGAUGGCAUAUGGCUCAGAGGGUGAAUCAUCCCGUUCCUCUUUCCUGAGCAUGGGAACUCGGCGGCCUGGGGUCCCAGAGGAGCCCUCAGUCUGUGGGGAAAAUAGCGCCUCAAGAGCCAAGCCUGGCCCUGGAAGGCUUCCUGGAGGAAGGGAGACAUGAGCAGGCCAGUGGUUUUCUGAGUGUCUGAUGCUCUGUGCAGCUAGCUGGCCACUGUGGCGGAUGCUACCUGGACGUGGGGCAUCCAGGCUCAUCCUCUCCCUGGCCCAGAGAUCACACAGCCUGCUGGGACCACACAGCCGAUUUGGGGAAGACAAUCCUGGUCUAGGGUGUGGCACUAGUGCCUCUGGGCCUCAGCGUCCCCAGCCAGCGCUGUGGAGGAGCAAAAGUGGGGGACCCUGUAAGCGAUGCCAUCUGGAGGUCGGCUCGCAGACCGAGAGACUGGGUGCCGAUGGGUGCUCUUUAAACCAGGGUCCUUUAAGCCGCCCCAAGCACUUGCCCCCCCCAGUGCCAGACUGGCUCAGGGUCAGAGACCCUGACCCCCGGGGCGGGGGCUGGGCGGUGUGCGUGCUUGUGGUGCGUGUGCGCGUGCGUUGGUGCGGCCUGGCGCACCCCGUGCGCACCCACCGGCGCCUCGAGCUCAGCGCCGCGGCCCGGCCCGCCGCCGCGUGUCGUUGCAGCGCGCUGCAGGAGCAGAAGGGCGAGCUGCGCAAGCGGCUGUCCUACACUACGCACAAGCUCGAGAAGCUCGAGACCGAGUUCGACUCCACCCGCCACUACCUGGAGAUCGAGCUGCGCCGAGCGCAGGAGGAGCUGGAGAAGGUCACGGAGAAGCUGCGCAGGAUUCAGAGCAACUACAUGGCGCUGCAGAGGAUCAACCAGGAGCUGGAGGACAAGCUGUACCGCAUGGGCCAGCACUAUGAGGAAGAGAAACGAGCGCUUAGCCACGAGAUCGUCGCCCUCAACAGCCACCUGCUGGAGGCCAAGGUGACCAUCGACAAGCUAUCGGAGGACAACCUGCCCUCAGAGUUCCAGGAGCACGUGAGCCUGCACAUGGAGAAGCAAGGCUGCAGCCUGCCCUCCCCGCUCUGCCGCCCGGCCUACGCUGACAGUGUCCCCCCCUGCGUCCUCGCCAAGGUGCUGGAGAAGCCAGACCCCGGCAGCCUGUCCUCCCAUCUGUCGGAUGCCUCAGCCCGUGACCUGGCCUUCCGCGACAGGCUGGAAAAGCCGGGCCCCCGGCCCCCCUACAAGGGGGACAUCUACUGCAGCGACACGGCCCUCUACUGCCCCGAGGAGCGGCGCCGUGACCGGCGGCCCAGUGCGGACGGGCCCGUGACCGACGUGGGCUUCCUGCGGGCCCAGAAUUCCACUGACAGCGCGGCCGAGGAGGAGGAGCCCGAGGCGGCGGCCUACCCCGCGGGCUACCGGCACGGGGCCUUCGGGGGCUACGCGGCCUCGCUGCCCACGUCCAGCUCCUACUCGAGCUUCAGCGCCGCGUCGGAGGAGAAGGAGCACGCCCAGGCCAGCACGCUCACCGCCUCGCAGCAGGCCAUCUACCUGAACAGCCGCGACGAGCUCUUCGGCCGCACGCCGCCUGCGGCCUACGGGAGCAGCUCGCGCUAUGCCUCGGCCGCGGCUGCGGUGGCCGCCCCGCUCGAGGCCGAGGCGGCCCCGGGGUUCGCGAGGACUGUGUCGCCGUACCCCGCCGAGCCCUACCGCUUCCCGGUCUCCCCCGGCCCCCAGCCCGCCCUGAUGCCCCCCAACCUGUGGAACCUGCGGGCCAAGCCGGGGUCGGCCCGGCUGGCCGCAGAGGACGCGCGCGGCCAGUGGCGGCCGCUGAGCGUGGAGGACAUCGGCGCCUACCCCUUCCCGGCCGCCGCUGCGGCCGCCGCCGCCGCCCCCGGCCGCGCCUCGCCCGGCGGCUUCAACGACCGCUACUUCGGGGCCGGAGGCGGCCCAGGCGAGAAGGCCGAGGGCCGCGCCAGCCCCCUCUAUGCCAGCUACAAGGCUGACAGCUUCUCGGAGGGCGAUGACCUCUCCCAGGGCCACCUGGCCGAGCCCCGCUACCUCCGGGCGGCCGGUGACCUGAGCCUCAGCCCCGGCCGCUCGGCUGAGCCCCUGCCCAGCUACGCGGCCAGCGAGGGGGAGCGGGAGAGGCUCGGGGUGCAGCUCUGUGGGGCGGGGGGCAGCCCCGAGCCCGAGCACAGCCCUCGGAGCUCCAGGGAUUCCCUGGAGCCCAGCUCCAUGGAGGCCUCCCCGGAGAUGCACCCCGGCGCCCGCCUCAGCCCCCAGCCCGCCUUCCCUCGGACUGGCGGCUCGGGGCUCAGCCGCAAGGACAGUCUCACAAAAGCCCAGCUCUACGGAACCCUGCUCAACUGAGCACCCACGUGCAGGCCUCGGCCGUGGCCACCCCGCACACCGGGUCCCGAGGGGUGCUGCCUCGCCUCCCUGAUACCCGUCCUCCCGGCCCCGCAAACGAGGACCCCGUUGAGCCGGGGGAGGGGGCGCACCCCACCCACGUGUCUCGUCCGCCCCCGCACCGCCACGGUGGACCGUUUCUCACACAGCAGCCUCCUUCCCCACCGGAGAUGAGCAUCCCCCCUUUUAUAAAGCGCAACUAUUUUUAUAGAGCAAAAGGGUCUUUCUUAACGCACUCAGCCUCCAGCUCCCUGGAUGGUGGCCUAGGCGUUUUCGACGCGACGCUCCUUGAUUUUCGGGUGAGGGUGAGUGGGGCCUGCCCCUCAGAGGGAAGGACGGUGUCCUGCGGAGACCCCCCGCCAGCCAGUGACAAGGGAACCCUGACGCUCUGUCCACAAAGAGGGGGACUGGAACGGGUGGAGGGAUGUGUAACGUUUUCAGCUGUUCUUGCCGUGUGGCCGACGACCGACCACCCCCCAGCUCCCCCGUGGUCCGUAGUCCCAAGUGGGGCCGGUGCUCGUCCCCCCAGUGUCCCGCUCCCCGGUACCACCUCGCUCUACCUCAGAUGUAAUGAGGCCCUCCGACCCCGGUUUCUGUAGCUUGCUUUCCUGUCGUCUGUGAUGCAUGCCCCGUCUCAGUACUGUAUUUUGCAUUCAUUAAUAAAAGACGU